UAAAGCCCAAGCAGCCGCGGCCUCCGCUGCCACCUGUUCCUCCUCCUCCGAAGGUCUCCCGAGGCCCUGGCUUCGGCCCAGCCUGUGGCUCAGCCAUGCCUCGGGGCAAGCGGGGCGGCCGCGUGAGCGCCCUGGAGGGCGGCGGGGAGGAAGGGGCGCCCCCGGCUGCGGCCGCUGUGCCCUCCGCGCCGUGGGCGUUCCCGCAGCCACCAGAGGCGGCUGCCGAGCAGGUUCUGCUCCGGGGCAUCUUCGAAAUCGGGAGGAACAGCUGCGAUGUGGUGCUGAGCGAGCGGACCCUGAGGUGGCGGCCCAUCCAGCCCGUGCGCCCCGCGGGUGAUUCCAAGUAUGACGUGUUACAUAAAGAAGAAUUUAUUGAACUCAAGGACAUAUUCUCUGUCAAAUUGAAACGGCGUUAUUUUGCUACACAGCACAAAAAUGGUACUUUAUUGGGUAUCACACUCUUCAUCUGUUUGAAAAAGGAACAAAAUAAACUAAAGGAUUCUACACUUGAUCUUAUUAAUUUAAGUGACGACCACUGCGACAUAUGGUUUAGACAGUUCAGGAAAAUUUUGGCAGGUUUUUCCAACAGACCAAAGUCAUUAAAAAUAUUCCUUAACCCCCAAAGCCACAAAAAAGAAGCUACCCAAGUCUAUUAUGAGAAGGUUGAACCACUGUUGAAGAUUACAGGAAUAAAGACUGAUGUAAUAAUAACAGAAUAUGAAGGGCACGCUCUGUCACUGCUAAAGGAAUGUGAACUACAGGGAUUUGAUGGUAUUGUCUGUGUUGGUGGAGAUGGAUCUGCCAGUGAAGUAGCCCACGCUUUGCUUCUUAGAGCCCAGAAGAAUGCUGGCAUGGAAACAGACAGCAUCCUGACUCCCGUCCGAGCACAGCUUCCACUUGGUUUAAUACCAGCAGGCUCUACCAAUGUACUAGCACAUUCUCUUCAUGGAAUCCCUCACGUGGUAACUGCAACUUUGCACAUUAUACUGGGGCAUCUACAGCCAGUCGAUGUCUGCACCUUCAGCGCCACUGGCAAGCUCCUUCGCUUUGGCUUCUCAGCCAUGUUUGGCUUUGGUGGAAGAACUUUGGCUCUGGCAGAAAAACAUCGAUGGAUGUCCCCUAACCAACGGAGGGAUUUUGCUGUAAUUAAGGCACUGGCACAACUUAAGCCAGAGGACUGUGAAAUAUCAUUUUUACCAUUUAACAGUUCUCAAGAUUUACAACAAAGGAGGGCACGGGGAUCUCCCAAAUCUGACUGCAGUGAUCGGUGGCAAAUGAUCCAGGGUCAAUUCCUGAAUGUCAGCAUUAUGGCAAUUCCUUGCCUGUGUUCAGUGGCACCUAGAGGUUUGGCACCUAAUACCAGAUUAAAUAAUGGAAGUAUGGCUCUUAUAAUUGCACGAAACACUUCUCGACCAGAAUUUAUAAAACACUUGAAAAGAUAUGCCAGUGUUAAAAAUCAGUUCAAUUUUCCAUUUGUUGAGACCUAUACUGUUGAAGAAGUAAAAGUUUACCCAAGGAAUAAAACCGGUGGACGCCAUCCAAAGGAAGAGGAUCAACUGCAUGAAACUGCUUCAGAAGAGAGUUUCCCUUGGAAUGUAGAUGGUGAUUUAAUGGAAGCUGCAUCAGAGGUCCAUGUUAAAUUGCACCCAAGACUUAUCAGUCUUUAUGGAGGAAGCUUGGAAGAAAUGAAUGAUUCCAAAGUAACAUGUAAUUGUUUAUAACAAAUGAAAAAACUAGAAUAUUAAUAUGAAGGAAUAUGGUCAUGCUUUGGUCACAGAUGUGGCCACAGAUAUCCCAGCAGGAAAAAUAGUCUUAUUUUUUUAAAGAAAAAAUGACUCUUUAAAAAAAAGAAAUGACUAUUUUGGGUGGUGUUGGAAAUUAGCUUCUAAGGCUUUAAAAAAACCAAGAUAUAAAAUAUACCAAAAAUGUGUAAAUUCUGGUUUUUGGAAAGUAUUUAUUGGAACUGAAAGCAAACGUUUCAUAUACUUAAACAUCAUGAUAUGUUCUGUCUUUAACCUAGAUAAUUCCAAAGUGAAAUAAUUUGGAUUCUUUCAUGUUUCAGGAUUCGAGCCCAUCAAUUUUGAUGUUAAGUCUCCUAGGCCUGGUACAAACAGACCACAAAGUUCACAGAAGAAUGAUUGUCCUAAUAUGGUACCUAAUCCAGUGAAGUUAAAUUUCAAAAUUCUAUAAUUUCAAAAUUAUACAGCUAGUUAAUGAUAUAACCAGAAAUAGAACUAUUUUUUUUCACAAUCU